CACACACACAUAUAAACCCUUAUAUUAUUAAUACCUUUCAUAAAAGACUCCAUACCAGGAACGUACAUUGAUAAUAUGACAGGACGAUCAAAGAAGAAGACGAAGAAAGUAAAGAAGAAAAAGAAAUCAAAUGAAGAGAAGCUGGAGAAAGAAGUUGAAAAGAUGAGGUCGAACGAAGAAUUAGUGGAAAGCAUCGUGUACCGUGUGAAUCGAUGGCUAGCUGUGAACUCCAACUCUGUCACGGAGUUGUUUAGUAGUUAUGACACAGAUGAUGAAGGACUUGUUACCUACAAACAGUUUAAGGCAGGAAUGACUGAUCUCAAGAUCCCGUGUAAUUCGGCCGAACUUCAUCUGAUAACGCUGCUUCUUGAUAAGAACUUCACCCAAACAAUCAGCUAUGUCAACUUGACAAAACAAAUCUCCACAAACGGAUCGGGAGAGGAAUAUAACUGUAAAGGGUACUGUUCCCUGUGUGGAAAAGGAAUGGAUGAUCCGAACAUUAACAGGAAACUGGUACCAAGAAAAAGAUAUGUCCUGUUGGAUCUGCGACUGGCCUCUUUCAGCCAACUCAAAGAACCGUUCAUCAAUUUCUUCCUCGUUGUCUCGUCUGACACUUAUAUUUCACAAAUCAUUCACAAAAUCCUCGCCCACACAGCCAUCUGCACCACCAAAAUGGCGCUGUUCCGACAGAAAACCUGCACCAAAAGCUCUCUUCUACCAGAACAGACAACGCUUGAAGAAUGUGCUUACCAUGGCUACUGUAAGCAACAUCCACAAGAAGUCGCCUUGUUCUACGACUUCUGCGAAGACUUCACCGAUUGUCCACUCCUGAUGGCAGACUAUUAUUUUACCAAAAACUACACCUGAAGACACGUGAUAUCGUUCCCAACACAAGCUUUGAAUUUAUUUAUUUAUUUAUUCAGUUCAUAUUUCGACGCCUCCGUGAGAAGAUGAAGAGUAGAGUCCGGGACUCUCUUUCCAGGACUCUUGAGAAAAGGAGACAGUUGUUCUUAGAUUGAGACCUUGCUUGAAUGCUAAUAACAAAGAGAGACUCUGCUAAAAAACAUCCAAGAGUUUCAUGAUUGUUUCCAAUUUUGGCAGUCAUUCUGCAUUUGGUGUUAUGGCCUCUUUCAUUAUUUUGCUUUUUUAAUUUUUAAUUUCUUAAAUGGCUGCCCUGGUGGCAAAAUUU